AUGGUCAAUCAGAAGGCUAGAUGUUAUAUGUUUUGGAUGACUGCUGGUAUGAUGAUGUCGGAUACAUCUGGAAGUAAUUUGAAGCUUAUGUACUUACCUAUGCUCGAGGACGUCAACACAAUAGGAUCUUACAGUUGGGGUAGUGCGACCCUAGCGUGCUUGUAUCACUAUCUUUGUAAGGCCUCACAGGCUAAGCAACAUGAGAUAGCAGGAUUCCUACCACUACUACAGGUUUGGGCAUGGGAGAGAAUUACUGUCCUCAGGCCCAAGAUAUUAGCACAAAGGGACGCGAAUGCUGGUUUACCUAGGGGUCCACGCGCUACUAGAUGGUUUGCACAUUUUAGUUGGACCGACGCUACCCAAUAUGUAUUGAAAGUUUUUAGGGAUGCACUUGAUUCCAUGACGGAGGAUCAGUUUAUUUGGGAACCAUAUUCUGAUGAAUUAAUUGAGAGCCUUCCCGAUUAUUGUCGUGUUGGACGAAAUAUAUGGCGUGCUAGAGUCACAAUAUUUUGUUGGGAUGUUGUCGAGGUUCACUUGCCUGAUCGAGUUAUGAGGCAAUUUGGAAUGAUACAGGAGAUACCACCAACUCCGUUUCCAUUUGAUCCCACACAUUUUAACCACGAUCGUCGGGGAAGGCCAAAUACAAAUUGGGAAUUGGAGCAUGCACAAUGGUUGCCAUUUUGGCACCAACGACUUCGAUACAUUAUUAAUGCGCCGGUCAAUCAUGAACCACUUCGGUACGAUGACCCCUACCUUGUUUGGUUCAGACGCAUUACUCGUCUUGUUAUUGGUAAUCCUACUUCGCGUCCUCAGCGGCAACAAGGUUAUGUGCCUAAUGCAACGACUUAUGAAGCAAUGGUGCGUUAUAUUCAUUCAGUGGUUGAUAAAGCAAAAUCACUCGGUGAUCAGCCAUUAUUUGAGGAAUUUUAUAUGUUUCGUGCAAUGGUGCGGAGUGAAGGCGAGGAAAAGGUGGUGUUGCUGGUAGGAGGGAACGUGCUAUUAAGAGAGGUCAAGUGUCUAUUGAAAUGGAUGAAAUGCAUCAGGAAGAUGCCCAAGCAGUCCCGGAAGAUGACCCAGCAAGAACAAAUUGUAAUAUUGGUUCCACUUCAAGGGGCGACACUCACGAAUUCACUCAGGCAUCAGGUAUGACAUAUCAACCAACAACUACUCAGAUUGUGCCAUACAUGACGCCACAAACUCCACAAUAUUCAAGAGAUCCAAGUCUUUCGUCUUUUGAGAAUAUAUUUGUUGAGAAUGGUCCUGUUUUCAACUCAUCGCCUGUGCAAAUGUCCAUCGAUAUCCCUGAGGCCACUAAUAGAGAUGAU